AGCCAUCUAGAGAAAAUCAUCAGAGUAUCAAAAGACACAGCAAUGGCCUCUUCCAUGAUCUUCUUCAUCACCUUUGCCACUUUUGUAGCCUUUAUUCCUUCAAUUUUGGCUACCGAUCAUGAAGUUGGAGAUGGUAAUGGGUGGCAUCUUAACUUUGAUUACCAAGCAUGGGCUGCUACCAAAGAGUUCUGGGUUGUUUUUAAAUAUCCACAAGGAGCCCACAAGGAGCCCACAAUGUGCGCAGAGUUGAUGGAACUGCAUUUCAGCAAUCACUGUGUCGCCGGGAACAUGAAACUGGCCAGAACUGUGCUUGCUGAAGGGCAAUCUCCUCCUAUCUCCCCAGCUCCUAGCUCAGGAAGACCCACCUCACCUGCCCCUAGCUCAGGAAUAUCUGUUGCAUCUAGAUAUAAUGGGUGGAUUGUGCUCAUUCUUGGCAUUCUAGGGUGGGCUAUUACUUAAUACCGGAGUAGUUAAAGAUGUUUGAAUAUUGAAUUUAUUUAUGUUUGUUGUUUUUUUUAUUUGGGGAAUUUGUUUGUAUUACCAUUGUUUGUUUUAAUCCAGACAUGUAUGCUAGAAUUCUUAAUUCCACAGCAUUCACUUCAACUAACACAAUGGGAUUAAACUAUUAUAGGCUGA